AUGUCAUUUACAAAAGUUUUUUCUUCGUGUUGUUUUCAUAUAUAAUAUAUAAUUACAUAUAAGGCGAUGUCAACGUCUAAGAAGUUCGUUACUCACUCUAGGUCAAUUACUUUCCCCAGAUUUCCUCCAUACCAAGAGGUUCGAGAGUAUCUUACGUCAAAAGCAUACUUUAGCAGCAUAGAAUGUGAUCCUUUGCAAUGGGAUAGAGCAGGACACGAUCCUGUAUUUGAUCUUAUGUACAGCCAACGUAAGUUACAAAAGGCUGAUAAAAUUUUAGCAGACAAAAGGGAAUGGGUUAAACAGGAGCAUAAGAAAAUUCAAAUGCAGUGGGAUGAUUUAUACGAAAAGGAGAUGAAACUAAAUCAUACUUUUAGAAAAUUAAGUCAUUUUAUCAAAUCCAACGAGGAAAAGAGAACGAGAGCUAUGAAAAUUCGUGACGAAGAUUACCAACUGCGAAUGCAAAGGACCGAAGAGAUCGAAAAUUUGGAGAAGAAGUGUAAUCUAGUAAUAAAAGCGCAACAGGAAAUUGAUGCUAAUAUAGCAGCUUUGAAAAUAUACGAGAAAUAUUUAAAUACAGUGGCAGGUGAAAGUGAAGACUUAAAAAACGCAGAUCAUUUGAUCAAUCGUUACGAAGCUCUUGUGAAUACCAGAAACUUGCUCGGUAAACGUCAAGACGAAAACCUAGGAGAAUUAGAAAACGCUAGAGCCAAAACCUCGAAAAUGGUCGAAGAGAACAAGUUCAAGAUCCUGGGCCUUAAUAACGUAGUUGCCGAUUUGCGUUCUCGUUACAACACCGCUUUUCGUGAAGCUCUGCACUGGGAGAAUCUCGUCUUAGCAAUCAAAAGACAUUCCUAUGAAAAGUACCAAGAAAUUAUCGAAGUGAGGGAAAGUUCUAGGAACGUGUACCUGCAAAUGUGUAAGAGGAAGGGUGAAAUGCCAAAAAUUCGCGAAGAUGAUUUUGAGAAACAAUUAAUUUUCAUAAAAGAGACUCUAAAAGAAUUGCGAGCCGUAAAAAUGAAUGCGCAGGGUUCUUUACAUUCAAGAAAAGGCGUAAAAUAAUUGGUACGAAUUUCAUUUGACGUAGUGUGUACUUUACGUAUUUUAAUUUUU